CGGGUGGAGCAGUGUGUACAUACCUGUCGUGUGCUGUGGUGAGUGCGUGCGUGUGAGUGGGUGGAUGUGUUGGGUGCAGGACAGCAGGAAGCCGUUGUAUUGCUGGCCAGUGUGUGGCGGCCCGGGGCACCCUGGGGAGACAUGCAGGACCUGCUGGUGCUGGGGCCUGGGGGCGGGCAUCCCUUUGAGGCGGCCGUCACCCCCCAGGCGGCGGAAAGCAGGAUGCAACAGUUGAACGGCAAAGAAGACGGAGGGAGCCCGCGUCCCCUCGAGCCCGGUGUCGUGUCAGGUGGCCCCGCCCCUGCUGACCCGGCGGCGGACGAGGCCCACGAGGACAGCCUGAAUCUACCACAGCAGCCUCCGUCCGAUAGUGAGGCAGAGAGUGUGUACGAGUCCCGGCGUGCGGCGCUGACGCCCGCCGCGGACCGGGCCUCGGACGCAGACUCCUGGGACGACAUUGAGCAGAAGUUCGCAAGUGUUUACGAGCCCGUGCCCGGCCCCGCCCCGCUGCCCCGCCCCGAUGAGCAAGGUGGCGGGGGCAGAGGGCGGCCCCGGCAGCAGCAGGUGGUGGCCCAGGUGCACCAUUCCCCCGUCAGCGACACGGAGAGCGAGUUCGGCGAGACGGACUACGUGACGCGCUCUGAACUGUAUCGCAACAUCCAGAACCUGCAGGACACGCUGGCCCGCCGCGAGGAGGACGCCCACUCGUGGCGGUCCCUGCCCAGCCAGCCCGACGACCCCGUCUACAUCUCCCGCUCCGAGAUACUGGCCCGCGUGGACCCCACGUACGCCUCGCGGGCCGAGGUGGCGCGGGCCGGCAAGAAGACGUGUGCCAGGGAGGCCACCUACGUGUCUCGCUCGGAGAUCUUGUCGCGCCUCAAAGAGAUGCGUGAAAGCGAGGAUGAGCGCGGCCUGUCCCCCGCCCACGCAGCCGACGCCAACUGGGACGUGUGUUCUUGUGUGUCUUGCGAGCACUGCGGCGCCGGGCACGACUCCUCCUCGGAGGCCGAGUGUGCGUGCGGCGCCGGAGCCGUGGACAAGAGGCAUGAAGGACCCGACCAGUCCCCGAGGAGCGCCUCGCCCGCCACUCGUUCGCAGCUCUCCCAAGACUCGUGGUCUAACGGAGAGUUUGAGAAGAUCUACGAGCCGGUGUAUGGGCUGGGCCAGGACUAUCUGGUGAGCCGCACGCUGGAGGAGCAGGAGAAGCGCCUCAGGAAGCUGGUACGCGCUGAGGAGGAGCGCGCCUCCCUCAGCAGGCCGCAGUACCUCCCCGUGGACGUGUGGAGCGUUAGCGAGAACGAGGACGUGUACGAGUCUCUGGCCAGGGUGGCCCGAGCCUCGGUCAGGGCCGGCGGACCGGGCCGCGGCGGCCACUCUGGCGGGGCGAAGCGCAGCGCGGCGCGUGAAGUGGAGCAGCACGUGCGGGAGGUGCUGGGGGGGCGUGACAAGGGCAUGGACACCCCGGCUGAGAGUCACGUGGUCCAGGCCCUCACGCACCACAUCUGGCACCACAUUCACGGCCGACAUUUCGGGAGCCAAGAGGAGUGGAACCAAGAGAUACGGGAGCGUCUGAAGGAGGCACUGGCGCAGGACUGGGAGACGCUCAGCAACAUUAAUCUGGGCCACAUCUACGUGCCCAUGGAGGAGAGCACCAAGCAGAGCCCCAAGCUGCCCGCCAAGGAGAACACGGACUACGACACUUUCGGCAGCAUCGACUCCCUCAUCUUCGAGCCCAAGGUGACGGCCACGGACGACGACGACGCCUCGGACCUGCUCAGCGUGGACCGCCUGCUGGACCGCGCCUUGGAGCAGCCCUACGGUGACCCCGCCCUCACCGCCAGGACCUUGCUGGCCGCCGAGGAGGCCCGGAAAGAGGCGAGGCAUGACCGAGAACACGAAGAUGAGGAAGAUAAGGGAGAAGAGGAAGAAGAAAAAGAGGAGGAGGAGGAGGAAGAGGAGGAAGAAGAUGAAGAAGAGACACCCGUGCCGACGCCGGUGUCUUCAGCGACGCUGGGAGAGAGUGAUCUGGACCUUUCUUUUUACGAUGCGGAUGAGGAAGCGACACAGCAGGAGAAGCAGGCCGACCGGUCCACGAAAAGCAGGAAGAAGAGCACUGCCGGCGGCGGCGGGCAGCGGCAGCGGCAGCAGCAGAGGCCGAGGAGUGGCGGCGCAGCGGAGCAGCGGGGGCGGCCAGCCAAGCUUCCCCUCCGCCAGAAGAUAUACAACGGCCUCAUUGGUUUGGGGUUUAUAAAAUCUGGCCCAAAGGAACCAAAGGAUCAUGCUGCUGCCUCUCGGACCCAGAACAGCGGCACCUCGACCCCACGGGCACCCCUUCACGGCCCUGGAGACACGGCCAAGGGCCUGAGGAGGGUGGAGUCCUCUCAGAAGGACCAUCACGGUUACGAGUCUUUCAAACUGGAUUUUCAGCGCCUGUCGGGUGGUCGUCUGAGAAUAUCCAGCGAAGAGGACUCCACCUACGACUACCACCCGGACCACCACCCCCAGCUGGGCGCAGGGGGCGCCAGCAGCACCACCACCAGCAGGGACACGCCGGACUCCGAGACGGAGAGCUCCGCCAGCCUGGAGAGCGUCAUCUUCCGCGGCGACCAGCCCGAGCCCGAGCCGCGCCGCAAGAAGCUGCAGUCCGCCUUCCGCCACAAGUACGUGAUCAACCGCGGCAACGAGUCGGACACGAGCGACCUGCUGGAGAACAAGUCCGUGAGUCUCGGCACGCACCCCUACCUCGACUCCGACACCUCCUGGGACUACAUGGAGGCGGGCCACGACCGGGACGACGAACCGCCGCCCCCGCCCGCCCUCUCCCUUGCUCCCGCGCCAGGGCCUCGCGUGGUGGCGAACCUCCGUAGGAAGCCGUCGGACCCCCCUGACCUGCCGCCUCAGCCCCCAGAGUCCCACAGCACCCCGGGAGGCAGCCUCACCCCCGUCGAGCCGCCAGACAGCCCCGCCCCCUCCUCGGCCCCGGUCAUCCCUCCCCGGCCCUCGGACCCAGAUGGCGAAGGGGAAGACGGCCGCCGGUUGUUUCGUGUCUACCAGCGGCGGCAGGUGCGCGGGGCCGAGGAGACGCGGCGCGGCGGCAGCAGCACCACCACCUCGCACGACCAGGACGCGGAGGACCUGUACGACGUGUGCGGGCGGGCGCAGCAGCCGACGCCUCCCGUGGUGCUGCUGAAGCACCACGUGUACCAGAGCAUCGAGUCCCUGGCCUCCCGCCUCUCCUCGGCGCCCUCCCUCAAGACGGCAGCCACGGAGGCCACGCUGGAGGAGGGAGAGCUGCAGAUGUACGGCUCACGGCACGGCGAGCCCAUCUACGGCGUGCGCAACUCCCGCCUCUUCCACUCCAUGAACGGCGCCUUCGUGAGCCGCGAGGGAAGCGAGGCCCAGAAGACCCCGGUGGUGAUCCGCAAGGGCCAGGCGGUGGAGCUAACCGAGGAAAUGUUCCGCGGCGGCGGUGACUCUGGCGCGGCAAGCACCGUGGGCGGGGUGGGCGAGGCGGACGACCCUGCCAACAUGACCUUCCACACAACGCUGCUGCCCGCCGACCGACACACCAUGUUCUUCCACAACACCGUCUCCUCCACGGAGUCCCGCGAGGUCCACUCCUACGAGAACGACAGUGAAAUCUACGGCACGAGGGCAGAGAUCUGCGAGGAGAUGCUGCGGGCGUCGCGGGAACGGCUGGUCGAGGAGAUAAAGGAACAGAAGCAGGCAGAGGAGGGGGGACUGAGAGAGAGGAGUCCCACUGCUGCACCGGUGGCCCCGCCUUCAGAAGAGCGCUUGGCCAUGAAGGAGGAGGAGCCCCGCAGCGAGGUGGAGGAGCCAGGCGCAGCCACGGACAAGAUCAAGCGCGUGCAGCGCCUGGGCGUCAGCAUCACCGGCAACAACGACAUGAUGAUCCGGGAACUAAAGCUCAAGCUGAGGAGGAAGUUCAACGACGGCCAAGAGGAGGCCGAAGAGGAGGAGGAGGAGGCGGCGCGGCGGGAGGGCCACGUGAAGGCUUCCCUGAUGGCCAGCCUGUCCUCAGACUCGGUGGCCUUCAAGAGGGAGCAGCUGGCACCACACAUGAGCAAGAUCCUCGGCUCCCUGCAGCAGCGCCGCCUGAGCGAGGGUCGCCUCGGGGAGGAGGACGCCGGCACGAGGGAGUGUGUGGACGUCGCCGCCCACCUCACCCGCGCCCCGCCGGAGCCCAAAGGCGAAACCAAAGAGGAGAAGCAGGAGAAAAACGAGCGGGAGAAGGAACGAGAAACUAUCUGUGUGGAAAUGGCGAACGGGUGCGUUGAGCAAGUGUACGUGCCCACCCCCGACUACACCCCCGCCUCCACCCUGCCCAGGGACGGCGCCGGCCCCUCCCCACCGCCGCCCAUGCCGCCCCUGCACACCCUGCCGCACGACUUCAGUUUCGACUUGGCUGACCUGGCAAAGUUCGUCCACGAGCACAUCGCCAGGAACAAGGAGCUCUACUCUGAGCCCGGCGACCCCCCCGCCCGGCACCACCACCACCACCACCACCGCCCCCAGGGGCCUCCCCCGCCACACAAUCCCGGCACCCGGGAAGACCACGAUGCAGCCGCCGCCAGACGCUCCGUCCGCUUUGACAUGAGGCGGAAGCUCGCCGACCUGAACGCCACGUGGUCUGACCUGGAAAGUCUGAUCUUCGCGGAUGAGAGCGAGGGCAGCGAGGCCGGGGCGGCGUCAGAGAGCGUGCUGCCGAUGUCCCGCAUGGAGGGCUACAAGGGCGGCGAGGGCCUCCUGUGGGAGCAGCUGGCCAAGAUGCGGCGCAGCACGGCGCCCGAGGACCAGGAGCGCUGGCAGUUGGAGAAGACCAAGCGGAUGCUGCUGUGGAUCCACCUGAGCGACGACACGACCUACGCCAGGUGGUGCCACGGCAGCCACUGGUGGAAGGCCAAGCAGAGAGCGUCGGUGGCGUGGAUCGUUCAGAAGGCCCACAAGAACAAGGUGCCGGCAGACCUCCACGACCCCUACUACCGCGACUAUGAGGGGGUGGAGCACCUCAAGCCGGGCAUCGUGCACCGGCUGGCCAACGCUGACCUCUACUGCUCAGCGCUGGCCAACAUCUACGGUGACCCCAACUUCCACAACCUCAGCCACUGGAACAUCAUCCAGGCACUGGCCCGCAAGGGGGUGUACGUGGCGGAGCCCACCGAUGUGGCACUCACCGAGACCGUCCUCAUUCAGGUCUCCCCCAUCAAAAUGUCUGCUCAUUUGGCUGUGAUAGAGGCCAUGAUGGCGUUGUACAUCCGGGAGGUGGUGGUGGCAGAGCGGGCGGUGGCGGUGCUGCAGCGGGUCGGGGGCGGGUCAGUGCCGGAGAGGGCGCCCCAGGACCAGGAGGAGGCGCUGGUGCUCUGGGUCAGCUGCAUCACACAGGCACUCCAGGAACGCAUCCACCACCAUGCACAGGCACAAGAGCAGGAGCUGCCCGUGUUUCCUCGUAUCCAAGAUCUGAGUGACCUGAGUGAUGGUAUUGGUCUGGCAGCACUGGUGGCCUUCUACUGCCCUCAGGAGCUCUCAUGGCAGGACAUUGCUGUGGCCGACCCUCCCUCCAUUGCCGACUCGCUCUACAAUGUUGGCCUAGUUGUCAGGUUUUGCCAAGAGAGCCUCCCCUACAACCCUUGUCUACUAACCAAAGAAGAUAUUGUAUAUAUGCACAGUUCAGUGAAGCAGAAUGUGUUGGCUUUUGCUGCUGAGCUGUUUUUCCUUCUGGAACUGGAGCCGGUGUCCUGUGUGUCCCUGGCUGGCAACAGGAAGAUGUCCACCAAAUACAUCCAGUUGUCCUCACCAGGUGGUGGUGGUGGGUGUAGCGGCUGGAGUGGGUACCACAGAAGCAUGAAGGUUAUUCCAGACCUCCGGGCGAGUCUCUCGCCCUCUUCUGCCCACUCCACUGCUUCCUCCUCCUACUCUUCUGCCCGGUCUUCUUCCCACUCCCACCAGAGGUCACCCUAUUCCACGCUGAGAGGUCGGGGAGGAGGCAAAUCACCAUCCUCGGGGGGAAGCGGAUCAGGCUCAGGGACAGGGACGGGGUUAAGACGACAACAGUCCCUGACGGAGCGAGAGCGGCCACGCAGGGACAGAGCCUCCGUUCAUGAGGGUGAUGAAGAGGGAGCAUGUGGGGGUUUCAACUGGGUGUCUAUAUACCCACAAUGGUGGUGGUCUUGCAAUCACAAAGUGACAGAUCGAGAAUGUAUUUACUGCUGGCGGCAGCACCAGUCACAGCCGUUUGGCGAUCAGUACUCUUACUACCUGACCUCGGCCCAGACCUGCCAGCCGCCGGCAGGCGACUUGCCGGCAGCAGGGCUCAGGUCGGACCAUAAUCAAGGGCAUGGCUUAGGUCUCGGCCAUGGCCUGGGCCUUCCUCAGGGCCUCAGCUACAACAUACCAGCCCGAGAUGCCCCAGCCAACCAUCACCACCACCCUCCUGGCCAUGGCCUGUCACAUGAGCGUGUUAGGGCACGGGCCAGCCACCCUGUCCACUUAGAUACCCAUGCCAUGAAGCCAGCCGGGGCACCCAGCGUGCGUCGCUCACAGUCUAUGAACCUUAACGACAUGGCGGACCAGCGGGUGCGCGUGGACCAGCGGCAGCCGGAGAGAUACGAGAAUGCUCCAUCAUCCUACAACAGUGACUACGGUGGCAGAGACAGCUCAAUGAGUGACGGUCAAGAGGGAGACUUUGUGGUGCAGCGCUCCAAAGGGAUGGCCACACUCAGCGACAUGAUGCGCAUUCAGUCUCCUCGGCCCUCCCAUGACUUUGACAACAUACCAUACUCAUCAAGGGCUGCUACCAAGGAGAAGCUGAACAUGGACAGCAAAGAGGAGGAGCUUGGGGAGAGGAGCAGGGCCCUGGGGAGACGGGGAAGCUUUAACAACUCCCAUCCAGACCUCCCGGCUGCAGGCAUGCCCUCCCGGUAUGAAGAGAGACCUCACGGACGCUCAAGGUCACGCCGUAAUUCCAUCAGUGCAGAGGACUCUCAGUUGACCAUAGAAAACUUCGGUGGGAGCCAGGACAACUUAAGCUAUAUUUCCAGAAACCCUGAUAAGGAGCCAUUUGUCCAUACUGGGAGGAGAGAAAGCUCUAACUUGGAGGGCACGUUAUCAAGGGAGUCGAGGGAGGGAAGCAUGCGUCCAGAGUCUCGCAGUAGUCGUGAGCGUAGUGUCGAGAGGCGGCUGGACCUGCACCGGGGGAGCACGGAGGAGCUAGACAAUCGCUAUGUGGACAAACUAGAGAGGGAAGCACUGGAGCGUGAGAAACGGGACUCAUCAACUUAUGCCAGUAAGGAAAAAUUGGUGGUGCGAGACCAAAGGAAAAGUACCAUAGAGAUUGUGGACUCAGGUAGUGAGAGUGAUAUUUCCUCUGAGAGAGAUAAACAAAUGGUAAAGGCCACUAGUUUUGCGGAGUUAUCAAAAUUAAAAGAACAAUUGCCGGGUGGAAUUAAUAUUAUCUACAUGCAAUCAGACAAAGAUGAUACCUCAAAGAGAAGUAGCAAAGGCUCUGAAAAGAAGACCACCUUUGCUGCCUUGCCCAACCAGACCACCUGGAAGCAGCAGCAGACAGCUCAGUGCCACUCAGACGACAACAAAUCGGCCAGUGAUGAAAACAUGGAGCCUCAGGUGAUGGCUUCAGAGCUGCACAACGUGAGGCUAAAGCUGGAGGAAAAGAGGCGGAGGAUAGAGACCGACAAGAGGAAGAUGGAGCAAGCCAUGAACAAGCUACGGCAGAAGCUGGGCAAAGAGGCAUUCAUGCAGGCAGUGGUCAAGGGGGGCAAAGGGUCCUCCACUGGGUCCUCAACACCCACCACCUCAGACCCUGAUGCUCAGGACACUAUGGUGGACUCAGUGGAACAGUCCGUACCCAAACACCCUUCCUCUAACGUCAUCACAGCCACCCAACAACAUAAUCCAGACUUGUCGCUGCAGGACAUCAGCUCAGAUGUUAAUAACAUGUCCCGAAGGUGGCUGGACAGCGAGGGCCACAGUGAGGAGGUGCAGACGCCAGAUUUGGACACAAUGGACUACGACCAGUACCACCAGUCUCUGACACAUGGGGAGAGUGGUAUGGAGGGAGCUCGCCGCUCUUCCAUGGACAACCCUCAUGCAGCACAGUUGCGGCGAAAAUCUUACGUAGGGCCAGAUCCCCGAGAGCGGACACCCACACGCAACCCCAGACCGGAUCUGCGUCGCAUGAGCCUAUACCUGGAGCCUGGCACCUGGCGUACUGGCCUCGAACAUGGGUUGGUUCCGACAGCACCCCCUCGACGCAUCUCCCUGGGCCCAGACUCUUAUACACCACCUUACAGGAUGACAGACUCCCUCACGGAGAUCCAGGGUGACAUCCAGCGGCUGUCUCACCAGCAGCAGCAGAUUCAGAGCCUCAUGCACAACGGAAUGAACUCCCCAGCCAACCAAGCUAUGCAGCAGCCACCGGGACACUUCUACCUUCAUGACCAGCAGCAGCAGCAGGGCAGCCCAGUGAGAAGACUAUGGGGGCAGCAGCCACCUGGUGACAGCUAUGCUUCCAUGUCCCCUGCCUCAAGGCGAGCCCAGUGGGGCCCUGCAAGGCCAAUGGUGCCUCAGGGUGAAUACAUGAUGGCCCCACAACACCCCGGCUACUAUCCCGGCUACCAGAUGAACCACAUGGGCCAGAUGCCUCCACAGCCACCCAUGCAAUCAGGAGGAGGCCAGGGCUUCAUGCUUCAUGGCCAGCCCCAGUCUCUCCCCCACCAUGGCAUGUACCAGAAUGGCCAAGGCUACUACAGCCCAGAGCACCAGUAUAGAGGCUAUCCUUCCACUGCACAAAAUUAUGGCCCCAGUGAUCAGCAGAGACACAUGGGCCAGACUCCACCCUUCAGAUUACACAGGGAGGCUGGGAGUGGGAGUGGCGGGGAGAGCUGGGGGGGAAGUGGUGGAGGGGACAGUCGGGGCCCCAGCAGCCUCAGGUCCAGUGCACAGUCUUCCCCCAGUAGACAGCCUGUACAGCAGCAACAGCCAAAGUCCCCAAGUCCCCCACGGCAGCCCCCUGUCUCCCACCACGCUCCUGUGGCGGCCCCCCCACCAGAUGACAUGGAGCCUCAGAAUGUCUCCUUCAUUAACUCCACGGAUGACCAGCAAAGUGAGAAUCAAAGAGACGAUGACAUGAAUGAUAAAUUUAAGAGACUGUCCAUCACCUCUGGGAGUAAAACUUACCGUAUCUCUCAUGAGCCGGGGUCCCCAACCAGGCCGAGCUUGGGCGUCAAAACAUACCGUGUUCCCACUAAGAGAGGCACACCCAUUGUUGACAAUGUUGACCUCCCUCAGCCGGCCCCCCCUCAUAGGUCACGGACUCCUCCUUACUACCACGACAAUGGCAAUGAUGAGGAUGAUACAGAUUUAAAUGUGAAAGCAGAGCCUCUCCAAGAAGGUGUAAAAGGUGACAAAGGAUUUUAUAUAUCUUUUGAUAGUGACUCAGGGCCUAGGAAACCAAAACCUCAGUUAAGAAGCAAAAAAAUGUCUCGGAAAAAUUCCAGUCCUUCUACGCCGGCAACAACGCCCAGCCGAGAAGACCUGCCCGUCAUACCUACCCGACCCAGUCGGACCUCCCAUGACUCCCUUGACCACCACUCUGGCAGCAUGACCCCAACUAGUAGCCCCAGCAUGGCCCAUAAUUUUGCUCCUACUAGUCUAAAGUCAGACUCCAAAGGUGGUUGGUCCCCACCACGAGCUAACGGGCUGAGCUACAAUUCUCCCUCUGAGCCUGAAAGGGAGGAGGAGCAUGAGCUUGUGUCCAAGGAGCCUGAAGAGGCGCCUCCCCUUACCAGUAAGAGCAGAGCCAAAGAGACAAGUGCUGCUAUGGCUUUAGUCAUUGGAGAAGACAUUGCUGAUACUGAGAAUUCUAGUGCAUCCGAGAUGGAGAGGAAGAAGGAAAGGCUGAUGAUGCUGUCCGUGAAGCGCAAACAGGAGCAGGAGGAGGCCAGAUUAAGGAAGGAGAUGGAAGCACAAGAGAAGAGAGAAGCAGAGAAAUUAAAAGAGGAGGAAAAACUACGGAAAAAGGAGGAAGAGAAAGCCCGGAGGCAAAUGAUUCUCGAGAGAUAUAAGAUCAAGAAAGCCAUGGAGGAGGCUGAGAAAGAGGGUCGCUACUAUGAGCCUCCCCCUGGCAUGAGCCCAGAUCCUCCAAGUUCCCAUCACAGUAAACCAUCAGUGAGGUUAAGAAACAAGCCUCCAGGAGGAGGAGGGCGGCCCCGGCCCAAAACCAUGGCCGGAUCCUCGGUGCCGGAUGUCUCCGAUGGAAUGAUGUCUCCCAGCCAGGGCAAGAAAGGCAGCACCCAUAACAUAGCAGGGGAGGUUGGGAGGAGAGGCGAUGGCAGUGGGCCGGGCAGUAUGAGGAAGAGCAGUGGACGCUGGGGCUCCUCUCACUCCCUGACACGUGCAAGCGGCUCUCGUGGGUCCAACUCCAGCCUUACCGGAGGUAUCGCCCACUCUCUCCCAAACUACCCCAGCACCUCGCGCACCCUGGACCGAGGCCACACUGGCAGGCGACCCACCUCAGUCAUUGGGUAUUCCUCCCUGGCACGCAGGGAGGACAGGAAGCCUUCACUGUAUGGGUCACAAGGCACGGGCCUCAAUUAUGGUGCGGAUUACCGUGUGCACGAAGCCAGGAGACCCAGCCUGGCAGUAGAGGGUGGGGGUCCCAGGCUGAGGCGGGGAUACAGUGGGGGUCCUGCUGGAGGCUAUCGAAAGUACCGGUCAACCGGAAACCUGAGUGGCCAGAGUGAGCAUGACAGUUUGGUGUAUCACAUGAGUGAGGACAGUGGGCUGGGCCGUGCCACACCUCCCCGCCGUGCCCCCUCCCCUGGCAUGGCCAGGCAUCUUCCCUCUCCCUCUGGCCCCGGCUCGCUGCCCCCGGGACUCUUCUCAAAGCGCAGGCAGGGAGGCUUUGAUGAUGCAGCCAGUGACAUCUCUUCCACUGCCAGCUCAAACAUGGACUAUAUAGGCCCAAGAUUGUUUAAACAGCCAACAGCCAAGUCAAACAGGACCAUAAUUCUUAAUGCAGUGGAGUACUGUGUCUUCCCUGGCAUGGUGAACCAGACAGCCAAACAUCGUGUCUUGGAGGAGAUAGCUCGCUCUGAGUCCAAGCAUUUCCUCAUCCUGUUUAGAGAUGCUGGGUGCCAAUUCCGAGCCAUCUAUUCCUUCAAUCCAGAAACUGAAGAAGUUUACAAGUUGUAUGGGACAGGGCCAAAGCAGGUCAAUGAUAGAAUGUUUGACAGGUUCUUCAAAUACAACUCCGGAGGAAAGUGUUUCUCCCAGAUCCAUACCAAACACCUGACUGUGACCAUCGAUGCCUUCACCAUCCACAACUCGCUGUGGCAAGGCAAACGUGUCAAUCUUCCAUCCAAAAAAGAUAUGACUCUUGUUAUUUAGGAACCUUGCCUGCAGGAGACCAAGAAACCCACCUUCCAUAUUUCCUGAUCAGUAAAUGUGCUUCAGGACAGUAUUUUACCUUAUUGCUCCAGUUACAGCUGUGUAAAAGAGGGAUGUUUUGAAUUACUUUACUUUGAGAAGUGUUAUCAAGAAUUAAAAUGGAACCGGAUAUAUAAAUUACCAUAUUGCCCAGAGUUGAAGACACUGUCUCAUUCCCAUAAAGGUUGUUGAAUUUACCCAGCAUUUUAGGCCUCCUGUUAUGUUGCUUGUGUAAAUUUUCAUUUCAAGAAAGCCUGUCAACACUAAACAGUUAUUUUAGCCUUGUUUUGCCUAUAUUCCAACACAAAAGCAUUUAUGCAUACCUCAUAUGAUGUUCAUAUAGUGGAAACAUAAGAGCAUAUUGAAAUGGAAAUUAAAAAUACGUUGAUUACUUGCAAGAAGUGAGUAAGGCCUUUACACCAAAAGAGUUGUUAUGUCAAGUCAGUUAGCAAUGAGUCUGGACCAGGUGAAACAGCCAUUUAUGAGGGCAUUAUUUUGUAUGAACUUCCAUAAACACAAGGAGAAUCGGUUUGACUCAAUUCUCUUGGUGUGAAUAGACUCAAAAAACGUAAAAAUUAUGGCCUCCUGAAUGGUGAUUUUCGUAGAUUCAAGAUUCUCCAUGAAUUGACUAUACUUAUUUGAUGUAAACAAAGCCUAUACUACCUAUGUUCCAAUAUAGCAAGAUGUAGCAUAAAAAAUCUCAUGUAACCAUUUUCAAUUGUAACAUGGGCAAAAAAUUGUUGAAGUGGGGGCACUCCCUAUCCUUAGCCACAAAGUUCUCUUUUAUGGUAUGCAGUGCAAAGUAGAUCUUUAUGCCCAUGUCUCAGGAAUUUCCUUGCUUCAAACACCUUUCUUUUUUACUCCUUUGCCUUAGAUAUUUAUAUUUUAAAUGUUUCAUUAGUAAAAUUCUACUGUUGAAAAAGUAAAUAAAUUUGACUAGUGCCAAAAUGUGAACAAACAGUGGCAUGGUGCAGAUAGAUUUUUGUGUAUGACUCUCGGGCUUUACAUUAAGUUUUCAUUUGUACAUGAUUUAGUCUAUAAAAAAUAACAAAACCUCUGAUGGUUGAGCAAUAAUUCUAAAUGGAGAUGUUAGGUGUGCAGAUCUGCAGGCAUUGACUGGUUUAUCUAUCAGUGAUUUUAUCGUUUUCACAUGUAAAUUGCCCGUCAAAUUCAGGGUGUGGCUUCUUUGAUGCUGGGAAAUGCGGUAUUUUAAUUAUCAUCAUAUUUGAAAUGUGCUGUCUCCCUUUCAACAUGUCAGGAUUAUUUUUACUAUGGCUUCAAGCAUUUAAAAAAUUAGGUUGUGGUAAAGUCGGUCAGAUAGACAUUAGUCAGGUUGUUAUGCUUUGUCUUCAGCAGAGCUUUGUGAUUUGAACUGGACUUGUACCAGACAGCCUUUUUCAUUGACCCUGGCAACAAUUCUUCAAUGCUGUAAUACUAUUGAGUGACUGUAACAAAUUAUAAGAAAUAACAUUAAGUUAAACAUGAGGAAUUUGAAAACUUGAUAAAGAAAACCAUGUUAUCAAAUAUUCAUAUUGCUCAUUGCAAAUGUGAUUUCUUAUUCCUAUGUUACAAUGCCACUCAGUGAGUGGCAUAUAGUCAAAGUGUUUCCGAGAGGAGCAGAAUGUGUUAAGUGAUAUCCUGCCAUUAGCAGCAGCCUUUAAUGCAUGAUGCUGUAAUGAUUAGUUUUGUAGAGAAUGCCCUGUUGAAGAAAACUAUAUCAUGACAGAAAAUGACUGAUUCUUCCAUGUUGGUUAUUUUCAGGAAUUAAUUUUCUCUAUUCUCAGUUGCUUGUGAGGGUACCUUAAGAUCAAAGUUGGAGUCAUAUUCUAUUAAUUUUUAUAUGAUCAGUUAAUAUGGCGUUUGUACUGAAAACAUGGGCUUAUAGUAGUGGAUUAAAAAGCAGCAAGGCAUAUAAUAUAUUUUGCAGUGUUAACUAAUGCAAUUCCAUAUAACAUUCGCUUCUCGUACUAAAUCUGUGAUUCUUGUGAUCGUUAGGUAAGACUUACAACACGUGUGUAAGUUGCAUCUCAUUGUAUUUUAAGAAACAUGUAGCUUAUGAGGAAUGGAAAAGAAAACUUGCUGGGUCUAAUAACCUGGUGUGGGUUCAGCUCUGUUUAGUCCCAGUGAUGCAGAUAAGUCCAGUUCUCAAUAUUGUGUUACAUCAUGGAUUUGUACAUAUAUGUGCAAAAGGGGAAAAUUGUAAUGGGCUGGAAACAUUCCAUUUUCCCAAAUACUCGCAGAGAUUGUAUAUCUGAACAAAGAAUUUCCAUUAGUUUGAAGAUUUUUCCAUAGCUUUUCUAUUAAGGAUUGUUAUUGUGUGUCACUUGUCUUGCGAUCCAAGAAGUUAAUUAUAUUGUACUGCUUACAUGACACUAUAAUUUUUCAUUAAUAUCAUCUCAUAUUUGUUUAUACAUUGAGAAAUGAAUAUUCACUCAAAAGUUUGUCUCCAGAGGUGAAUGCAGUUUAGAAAUAUUAUUCUGCAAAGCAACUAAGCUGAUAACUUACCUACUGGAGAGAAGGUGCUCAUACAUUCUCUUCUCUAUCUUAUUAACCAAUGAUGUACAUGGUGUGCAGAUCAGCAUUACGCAGCGUGUGGCAGCAGCUUCAGGAGGUGAGCCACGGUCCUCUUGCCCUCGCCAAACACCUCAAUAAUAUAGGGUUCUAAAGAAAUGUUGAAAGUCUUAGCAUUGACAGUAAAUCUUGAAGAGUUUGUAUAUUUUUUAUGCUUUUUUUACUGCGAGCAGAUAAAGGGUAUCAACAACAUAUGGGCGUGUGUAUUGAGCUGACUGCCCAGAGUUUGCCUCGAGCAGAUAAAGGGUAUCAACAACAUAUGGGCGUGUGUAUUGAACUGACUGCCCAGAGUUUGCCUAUACUUGUGGUGUCAGCAUUAACAAGCUCCUAUUCAUUUCAAGAAACUCAGGUUGCCAAUCAGAUUUGCUAAAUUAUUUGGGGACGGUUUAACAUUUUUGUUUUAGUAGAGUAAGAAUAUUGUAUCUUAUAGAUAUGGGGGCAAAGAAUUCUGCUUACCAUUUUCCACUGAAAGAAAAAUCUAUGAUUUACAGUGAAGCAAGGCCAGAUAGAUGGUGUGAGGCGAGGCAACCAAUGUAGGGUGAGGUCUAGGGUAGAGGACAUGAAUAUUGAAUGGAUUCCACUUCCUUUGGUUAAGUGUGAAGUGUACAUAUUGUUUUAUAUUUAUUCCCAACAUUUAAAAAUAGGGUGAGCUUAUAGAAAACUCCCAUGUCUGCUUGUUAUUAAUGAUAACAAUAAAUUCAGAUUUUUU